GCUGGGGAGGACUGAUUUUUAAAUAACGACACAGUGGCUCAGGACAACAGUCUGACUGGACACAGCCGCCAUGCACAUCACAGUGCUGCUGCCGUUUCUGCUCCUGGCUGUCGGCACCCCAGCCUUUGGGGGGCCCCUGCCUUCGGAACCUGCGCUCCAGCCUCAGGAAAACUUCGACCUAACCCGGUUUAUGGGGAAGUGGCACGACAUCGCCGUAGCGUCCAAUUGCCCCUGGAUACAAAAGCACAAAGACCACCUAUCAGCGGGAACCAUAGAAAUAAAUCAGGGGGUUACCAGCAAUACCCUCAACCUGACGAGAACUGCCAUCAGGCGUGGAGAGUGCAAACAAAAAUUUAUGUCCUACGAGGUAACGGACACUUCUGGGAAGCUGUCGUAUCACAAUGCAAAGUGGAAGGCUGACGUGGAUGCAUACGUGGUCCGCACUAAUUACCACGAAUAUGCCAUCGUGGUCAUGAGAACGCAGAAGCAGGGUGGCAACAAGACCACCACACUGAAGCUCUAUGGUCGCAGCCCGGACCUGCGCUCCAGCCUUGUGGAAGAGUUUACCCAGCUGGCCAAAGAGCAAGGACUGAACGACGACGCCAUCAUCAUUCUGACGAAGACAAAGGAAUGUGUUCCUGGAAAUCCAGCCCAGUUGCCAGAAAUUCAGAGACUCAAAAGAAACGUUGUCCUGCCCUCACCUGAGGAAGGUUCAGCCGUAGACACGCCCAUGUUUAUAAAUGAAGACUCCUGCAUGAGCCCCCCAGAUGCAGGUCCAUGUUUCGCCAUGUUUUCACGCUAUUUCUACAACUCCACCCUCAUGGCCUGCCAGGAGUUCAUCUUUGGUGGUUGCCUGGGCAACCAGAACAACUUCUUGACUGAAAAGGCCUGCCUUCAGACAUGCCGCACUGAAGCGGCCUGCAGGCUGCCUAUUGCCCCUGGGAAGUGCACUGGCCAGGAGCAGCUCUGGGCCUUUGAUUCCAUAAGCGGAAAGUGCGUGUCCUUCAAAUAUGGCGGCUGUAAGGGAAACGGCAACAAGUUCUACAGCCAGAGGGAGUGCGAGGAGUACUGUGGCGUGAUCAAGGACGGAGAUGAGGAUCUGAUGAAGGUCAACUGAAAGUCAGCUAAAUGACUAGGCAGCAGAACAAAUCAACCGACCAGCAAAUACAGCGGUUUGGCAAUAAUGGAGUCAUGAUUAAACUAUGCAGUAUAAUAUGGAAA